AUGGCACACAUCACGAUCCUUGGAGCCGGCAUCACCGGUCUAGCCACAGCAUCUCUGAUCUCUCGAAGCCACAAGGUCACCAUCGUAGCCAGGAAUCUCCCGGGCGAUGAACCAAGCAUCGAGUGGGCCAGUCCUUGGGCCGGGGCCCUUACAGUUCUUGGAGGAAUCGACUCAACACGCGACAAGAAAAUGCAACUCCGUUCUUUUUCUGAGCUUUGGAAUAUGAAUGCCCGUCAUCCUGAUUCUGGUAUUAAGCGGAUCACGCUAGAAGAUAUCUUUGAUGAUGAUAGGAGUGAAGAUGAUAUUUGGUGGAAGAAUUUUAUGCCUGAGAUAUUGAUUCUCGGCCAGUUUCGGUUUAUCUCGUCUGAUCGACUACCUUCCGGCGCAACAAUGGGAGUAACAUAUAAGACCGUUGUCCUCAACCCAAGCGUCUUUCUCCCAUGGCUCAGAAAACAACUCGAGAACUCAGGCGUAGAGUUCAAGAGGAUGGAUGUGGAAUCUCUCUCCGAACUGAAGCCCUUGGGCCACGACAUCCUCAUCAAUGCCACUGGAGUGGGAUCUGCAUCACUACGUGAUGUUCGAGACCAAGAUAUGCAAAUGAUCCGAGGUCAGACAAUUGUGGUCAAGCAUAGCUACGACAAGGUGAUGCAACGCGAUGAUGGCAAAAAUUACACCUACGCCAUUCCUCGUCUGGAUGGGACCGUUAUUCUUGGAGGAGUGAGGCAACACGGCCGAACAUUGUCAAUCGAGUGCACAAAUGCCUUCCUCGUGUGUUCUCUAACAAUCUGGACGAUUACGAAAUUCUCGGGCACAAUGUUGGUGUGCGCCCUGCAAGAAACUCCGGAAUUCGACUUGAAAGAGAGUAUCUAA